AGGGUUGCUAGGAGACCGACCCAAACAAAGGAUCUAAGGAGCCAGUAUGGCAACGCAUUACAGUUCUGGGCAGUAUGAAGAUGCUUACAAUCCCCGGAAUCUGCAAAACUGGAACCUUCCCAGAGUGUGCAAGCAGCGCCCUUCUGCACGGGAAGGUUACACGCAGUUCGUAGCCAAUGACAGGGGACAUUUACUGCCUGCAGUCCCCCGCUCAAAGGCUUCCCCGUGGGGCACCUACAUGGGCACCUGGGAAAUGCCACUGAAGAUUCCUCCAGCCAAAGUGAGCCUGACGUCCCGCUCAGUCGAUGCAGCUGCCCGGCUCACGGAGUGGAUCAACAAGUCCAAGGCUCUGAGUGACGCCUGCAACGGCAUGAUCCCGGAGAUAACCGGCAAGCCCAGUGACCCAAAAGAGACUUCCGCCAAAGCCGUUCGCCCCUCCAGUAAAGGUUUGCAGCACCCCGAGUCGGCUGCCAAAAUGCCCGCCCAAGAAGAGCUCAAGCAGAGUGGUUCCGGUUCCUUCGAAGCCACCCUCUCACGUCAACCUGGCACCAUCGACGUCCGACUCAAAGAAGAUGGUUUCCUAGAUGCUGAGGAUACCAAGGAGCUGAGGCAGAGAGCCUGCAGCGACAUCCCGCUGUCUCGCCAGCCAGGCUGCAUGGACAUCCGUCUCAAAGAUGCUGCCACGUCAUCCAAAGCCCCGGCUCUCAGCCGCCCAAGCUCCCGAGAGCCCACCCCCAGGAGAGCCACCUCUGCCGAAACCCCCCCUUCGGCCCGGCCCAGGUCACUGGAAGGGAAGCCGAAAGGGGUCAGCACCCCCGAGCUGUUGGCUGCGUGCCGCCCGGGGUCUAUGGAAGCCAAUCCCAAGAACUGCCUUUUGCCCGAGGCCACGGCAUCCAGUCGGCCUGCUACAAAGGGGGGCCAAGCCUCGGAGGUGCGGAAGACGCCAACAGGAGCGGACGAGGACCGGAGCAAAUCACCCCAAAGGGAAGGCUCCGUAAGGCCUCCGUCUUGCCUAGAAGAACCGUCCUGUUAACCGUCUACCUGAAGGUCAAAUCAAAAAUUCUAUCGCUGAUGACUAAAACCAACUGUUCCGCUCACGUGUUUGAAGCCGUUCCAGGUCUCUUCCUCUGUCUUUUCUUUCUUUCUUUCCUUCCCGCUUUCCCCAUCCGGGCCCCAUCCAAUCUCAAGUCAUUUCCGCUCUCACCACGCCCCCCAUUUCAUUUCUGUUUUGCGUUUACGGGAUAGCGUCUCUGCAAGAAAACACCUUCCAUUCCAACGAGGGCCACCCGGCCCGGCCGUGAUAACCACGCAGUUCCCAACUUACCCCAGGAAAAGGGGGGGGGAUCUCUGCCCAGGAGAAGACACGCCUGAUCAGACAAAGGGGUAUCGAUGCAACCUGAGCUUUGCGAUUAAAAAAAGAAAACAAAAACUCUCGGGGACAGCUGAUGGGAGAACGGUGCUGUCAUAACCUAACUGGUGUUAUUUGUAGUAAUAAGACACUAAAUAAAAGCUAACCCAGGAAAAAA